AUGUUUUUAACAGCACAAACGACAAAUAUAAAUGCUGAUGAUAAUGAUCAAGAUGAUGCUCAAUUUUUUACGAUAGCUCCAGCAUUACCUGUCUUACCUGGUGCACCAGCACCAAGUAAAUUAACUACUAAAAGAUCUUAUGGUACUUUAACGCCAACAAGUUCAACUUUUGGUUUUGAUGAUGCAGAAGUUGGUGGCUGCGAUGUCGUCGCUUUGCAGCAGCAGCAGUCGACUAAUGACAGCGGUAAUAAAACCACCACCGUGGUGGCAUCGAGAACUUCUGCCGAGCGUGAAAAAAAUCCUGAUCGCAUUUGUCUCGAUCGCCGAGGGCUCACAAGCUUUCCCGACAUCAUCGGCGAGCCAAAAUUACGUCUUAUGUCUCUUCAGCACAAUCUUUUGUCGCGGAUUGAAGGCCACAAUUUUGCUCACUUAACGAAACUCGUUUUUCUGGAUCUCUAUGACAACCAGAUCGAAAAAAUUUACGAUCUGACGCCUCUGGAAAAUUUACGCGUCCUAUUGAUCGGAAAAAAUCGGGUUAAAAAAAUCGAGGGCUUAAGAUCUUUGAUAAAACUCGAAGUUCUCGAUCUUCAUGGGAAUCAAAUUGUCCAGAUAACUGGGCUAGAAAAUUUAUCAUCACUUAAAGUACUUAAUUUAGCGGGUAAUAAUGUCAAGAUGAUUGGAUUUAAUGAUUUUCAUGGACUAGUUGCACUGAAAGAACUUAAUUUGAAAAGGAAUAAAAUAAAAAAAUUAUUGGGAUUUAGUGAGACUCCGCAGUUACAGAAAUUAUAUCUCAGCAAUAAUGAUAUACACAAAAUUGAAGACAUGGGAAGUUUAGCAAAAGCUUUAGAGAUCCGUGAAAUUACAAUCGAUGGCAACCCCGUGACUUUAAAUGCCGAUUGUGUCUCAUUUCUGGUUUCUUAUCUUCCUAAUCUACAAAUUCUAUCGACAAUGCAAGUAAACGAACAAGUCCGUCGAGCAGCAAUGGCCUGGCGACUGACAAAAGAGCAGUCGAAUUCAGCAUUUCUUGACCUCAGUACUCAAGUCUGCGUAAACGUACGUCGGGAAGAAGUCAUAAUAAAUGCAAAAAAAAAUUGGGAUCUCUUAAGAUCGCAGACCAAAUGCUUCACUUCCGGUACCAACAAACUGAACAUAAAAAAUGAACGCGUCCGUGGAUUCAACCUCCAAAAUUCUACUAAAUUUGAUACCGUAAAAUUAAAAGCCGAUGAGUCGCAUACUCAAAAAUCUUCGGGAACUUACGGAAGCUUAAGUUCCAUUAAUGAAAAAAUAGAUGCGAAAAAAAUUCAAUUUAAACGUCGUAGCAAUUCUUCGGAUACUAUUUUAAAUUCCAGUCAUCAGCUUCAGAGUAACGUCGAUUCAAAUAAAAUAAAUUUCGCUUUAGAUUUUAAAUUGCCGCCAAUUUUAGUGCCGAUUAUUAAUAAUAUUGCUAAUUGUCGUUACAAUGUCGGCAAUGGGAAUUCUAAUAAUAAUGUAAAUGUAAAUGGAAAGAGUCACAAUGAAGUUACAGAUUCAACCGACAGCGAAUUGGAAAGCUCCGAAAGUCACGAAAGCCUAAAAAGUGGAUUAAGAAAUCAUUUAAUUAAAAAUAAUGUCAUAAGUUCAUUACGAACUUUAUCAAUUGAUGAUAAAAAUAUAUAUAAUUUUUGUAAUGAAGCGACUGCUGGGGAUAAGAAAGAUUUUGGACUGGGGAUUGCGAAGAAAAAUGACUUUUCGCUUCAAUUAGCGACGGACUCCAAGCGGUUUUAUAAUUUUGUCCAAGGCACUACUAGAAGGCAGCUGAGUUGCGGGCAAAUAAAUAUGCUGGGUCUUAAAAAAUCAAGUAGUUUGGAUAGCAGAGAGGAAUUUAGCAGCCAGUCAUCAACGGCAAGCAAAGACUUUGGAGAUUCGGAUGAGGAUAAGGCCAGUGGGAAUCAGAGGGUCAAGAGUGCGCAGGUUAAAAAAAUUGUUAGUUAUAAAAGUAACAGAGCGGCGACUGCCAGAGUUAAGCACCGUGCGGUCAUGACGCCCGCGGCACCUUCUAUUCAAUUUAAUGCCCCCAAAGAGAAGGAACAGGGUGGCGAUUAUUUAGUAGAAAUUGUUGGUCGUUGUUUAAAUGUCUAUGGGCAAGGUGCAUUACGUUACAUAGAUAGAUCUUGGGAUACAGUAAAAGCCAAUGAUGUUAAUAUGGUUAAAUUUAAUUAUGUUCAAUUUAAUGGAGUGGCGACGGUACUAAAUAAAUUAAAAAUAAAAUUUCCAAAUUGUCAGCAUUUUAUUUUUAAAGAAACAAAUAUUAGCCAUCUAGGACAACUUAAUGCUCUUGCUGAAGUACAAGGACUUACAAGUAUUCAAAUAGAAGCUGAAGGUAAUCCGAUUAUUUCGAAAAAUUGGAGAGUUUAUACAAUUUUUCGACUCUCGCACUGGGGGUUAAAAAUAAUUAACGGCAAAGAGAUAAAUCAAAAUGAUGUCGAGAUGGCGAAUAAAGAAUAUUCUGGUCUAGUAGAUAUUGUAAUGUGGUCAUUGCCAGAAACUUUAUUACAACCGUUAUUACACCGACUGCACUUAGAAAAAAUUCAGAGACAAAAUGGUGAACAAAUCACUGCCAAACAAUUUUUAUUUAACAGUGACCCAGCUUUAAGAAAUGUUGUUGCUAAGGAAGCAUUACAGUGGAGACGUGGAAAUGUUACACAAGAUGAUUUGAUACUGAGACAUAAAGGAAAAUUACAUUUAUCUAAUUACAUUGAUAAAACAGUUGAUGCAAUACAAAAAUUACAAUCACUUGAAGAAGAAUGGCCAAAUAUACUUAAUGAAAUAAUUAAAAUAACUCUAACAGAUUAUUCUGAAAUGAAUUUAUAUAUGAAGAAGCGUAGUAAAAUACUUGAAAGUGAUAAAUAAUUUAUUAUAAUUAAUUAAUAUAUAUAUUGUUAAUUAAUAGUGUAAAUAGAUAAAUAAACGUUUUGUUUUUUUUUUUU